AUGGGGGCUCGAGGGCGUGUGUGCGCUCAGCCCGAGUACGAGUUUGCACGCGCCCGCCUGAAGCUGCCGUCGCGGACCUGGUCGCCGCCCGCCGAGCCCGGGGCCGGGGCCGAGGCCACGCGCGGCCCUAACCCGAGCGAGCGCGAGGCCGGGGCCGGCGGCGGCUGCUGCGCGUGUCCCAAGACGGACGCGCAGCUGCUGCGCGAGCGGCAGGAGGCCGAGUUCCGGAAGAGCUUCGAGGACUUCCUGCACGACGCCGUGUUCAUGCCCAGGUCGGCCCGCGAGAGAGAGAGCGAGCCGCCCCCGUCCAGCCCCCCGAUGUCGCCAUCGUCGUCGCCUUCGCCGCCGCCGUCGCGCAGGCGCCGGGGGGCGGGGCCGCCCGGGAACGCGACCACGCCCCCCCCGGCGCGGAGCCCCGCCCCCCGCGCGCCCGGCCCCGCCCCCGACGCCGUGGUGUGGGGCGCGGAGUCGCUGGUGAUCUCGGGGCUGCGGCACUUCACGGCCUACAGGAUCGAGCUCCAGGCGUGCAACCGCGCGGAGCCGGCGCGCUGCAGCGUGGCCGCCUACGUCAGCGCGCGCACCAUGCCCGGAG